UCCACACUGCUUAGACUUUAAGUACACUUCACAAUCAAAUUAAGGAUUUAAUCAAUUUGGUGUGAAGAUAAGUGAAAAUGGCAUCUCCAAAUGUUUUAUCCACAACCAUAGGCACAAAUGUUUUCCAGAUUGGAAAUAUUAAAUGGAAACAAUUCAAUGUUGACACAUCUCCAAAACCAUUGUUGGUCUUUACACCAACCGUUGAAGGAACAUACCCUGUCAUAUUGUUCUGCCAUGGUUUUGCCAUUUGUAAUAGCUACUACUCUAAGCUCUUAGGCCACAUAACUUCACAUGGAUUCAUAGUUGUGGCUCCUCAAUUGUUUACCUUGGGUUUGCCUAUGCCUGGACUAUGUGAAGUAAAAUUUGCAGGAAAAGUUGCAAAUUGGAUAGCCGGGGAACUUCAACCUAAGAUUAGUGAAAACGUUCAAGAAAACGUUCAAGCCAAAUUAGACACAAUAGUUCUAGCUGGUCAUAGUAAAGGUGGUAAAACUGCAUUUGCCGUUGCACUAGGUCAUGCUGAAACCACCCUAAAAUUUUCAUCCUUAAUUGGAAUAGAUCCGGUGGCUGGUCCAAGUAAGUGUAAGAUAACUAGAACACUUCCUCACAUUCUUACAGGUAAGGCUCAAUCCUUCGAUUUAAACAUGCCUGUUGUCGUAAUUGGAACUGGGCUUGGCCCGGAAACGGGCAAUUGUUUUCCAAUAGCAUGUGCUCCUGAUGGGGUGAACCAUGAGGAAUUUUUCUAUGAGUGUAAACCACCUUGUGCUCAUUUUGUUACUAAGGACUAUGGUCAUAUGGAUAUGUUAGAUGAUGAUGUAAGUAGUCUUUUGAAGUGCAUGUGUAAGAAUGGAAUUGCUCCUAAGGAUUUAACGAGAAGGACUUUGGGUGGAUUAGUUGUUGCUUUUUUGAAGGCUUACUUGUAUAAUCAAUGGGAAGAUUUUAAAGCUAUUUUGGAGGAUCCAAAUCUUGCUCGUGCUAAGCUUGAAGACCCUGUAUUUUAUCCAUAAAAUGUCAGCUCAGUAGUAAAAAUAUGAAAUUGUAAUCCUAGUUUCAAAUUGUUUUGGUAAUAGAAUCAUCAUUAAUCACUUUAAUUAA